AUGGCCAGCGACUCCCGAAGGAAGCUGAACUUGACUGAGAACUUGCUCGCCAGCGGUGCGGCGGUGGUGGGCGCCACUGUAUUUACUCACCCCAUUGAUGUGGUGAAAGUACAGUUGCAGAUGGCAGAGAAGAGUUGUGCCAAAGCCGACUCCUUCAGUCUCCCGCGUUUUGUCAGCUUCUGGCAGAAGUUCCAGCGGCGUGCGGGCACAGGUGCGCUCUUCAGCGGGCUUCAAGCUGCCUCCAUGCGAGCAGCCACCUAUGGCACAGUGAGGAUUGGUUUGUGCGAGCCGUUGCAGGAAGUGGCUGGGAGGUCUGGUGGCGCAGUGAUCGCGGGCGUGCUGGCCACCGUGGUGGGCAACCCUUUUGAGGUCUUGAAGGUGCGGCUGCAAGCGGAGCCACAGCUGGCGGCGACCGGUGAACUGCAACUGCUGCGCCGAAUGGUGCAGAGUGAAGGAUUGCCGGUUUUGGCCAGUGGCUUUGGUUGGGCUGCGACUCGAUCUUCCCUCCUCACUGUGAGCCAGGUGGUGCCUUAUGCACAUGCCAAGACUGCACUCAAAAGAUGCUUCGGAAUUCCUGAAGGAGGUGCUCUACAUAUUACAGCAAGCUUGAUGGCGGGGCUGGUGACCACGACUGUCACUGCACCUGUUGAUGUCUUGAAGACAAAGGCCAUGAGUGCUGGCCAGUCCGACAUCGCGGCCAUGCUGAGAGCACAUGGUCUCUUUGCUUUCUUCAAGGGUUGGUUGGCCAACUACGUACGCUUGGGUCCGCAAACAACUUUCAUUUUCGUCUUCUUUGAACAGGCUCGAAAGGUCAUUGAAAGACGCAGCUGA